GAGAAUAGACUGUUCUGUUUAUUAUUAAGGCUACUCAGAAUACUUAUCAGAUUUGUCGAACCAUAUAUUGUCCCACAGAAUGUGCUAAUCUUCUAGACAGUUCGGAGAAUAUGUUCAUUUUUUUUUUUUCAUAUUGGCUAAUUUGAGGAAACGAUAUAGAUUACAACACACUUUUUCAUGUAGCUAAUGUGUGGAGAAAUUCAUCAAAUAAAUUGUCAAAACUGAACAACGCACUUUUCCCUGUGAGACUUGAACCAUGAUCAAUUGCCUCCAUACUCGCCUACUCUCAGAUAAAAGGCGCACUCACCUGAGCGCUCGGACACAGGCCACGGCUGCGAAGUUACCCCACCCCACCCCCGCAGAAGCAGUCUACAAGUUAGGAUGUGUCUCCAUCUACUGGAUUAACUCGAAUUUGUCUCACAACUGGUUAUUCUCUCCAAAAGCAUUAUGGGUACAGCGGGAGACAGUUGUGUAAGGUUGCCCGGAAGCAAACUGGGCUGGGGACGCAGUAUCCCCUUCACUAAAUUCAGAAUUAAAUUUAUAUUAUUUAUUUUUGCAAAGGACAGACGGGACUAGAAAUGCAACGCAUUACGUGCUGUGCGACGUAUCGUGAGAUCGGAGGAAUAGUGGGGUGCAAGCCGUUGGCCUGUCCUUGGAGGAGGAACUUUCCUGCAAAACAGAUCUCAUUCAGUUCCUGGGCGUUUCUACAGUCUGGUAACUCGCGUCGGCUGGAAGGGACACAGUCUUCUGACUGCAACCGGCAUAAUCUGAGAAGACAGAAUGCCUUAUUUGUCUGCCAGAAAUUCAGUCACUACAGUACCGACAGUGACAAUGAGCCUGAGACAUCGAGGCAGCCAACCAUCUCUGUUGUGGGCAUUCCGGAUCCCAUCACAUGGAUACGAAAUAAAAUCAUAAUAUUCUUUAUUGAACUCUAUUUUGAUUUGAAUAUGUCCAGCGUGGAAUUUAAUACUGGAGUGAAGCAGGCGGUGGUCCACGUCUCUGCAAUGGUCUCCAAUGGCAAGUUUGAGGAUUUGAAGGGUGUUGUGACUGAUGAGGCUGUUGAAAGAGUCAAGACAAAAUACAAAGUCUUAUCACAUGCUCAGAAGAAAACCCUAGCCAUCUCUUCAGAUGAUAUUGUAUUCGUACUUCCAGAAGAUGUCUCGGUGGUCUUUGAUCGUAGAGGUACAGUGUUGACACUCCCAUCUCCAUAUUUGAUGUAUAGGUGUGUUAACAUGUAGGUGUGUUCUCAAUAAGAGAGGGUGUUCUAUGCAAAUAUAAUAUUUAUAAAGCAUCUUGAAAUCUGCUUUGAAUUG